ACUCAUUUCUAUCAUCAGGCGCUGGUAUAUUUGUAUAUGAUUUGAAAGCUUUUUAAAACAGAGUUCGCUGCAGCCCAGUUAUGGCAGGUUAUCCCAAAAACUCGAACCCAUUUUUGACAGAAGAUGAUGAAGAUGAUUGGAGUUCCCACAAAGGAGGAAAGAUUCAAGAACAGAUAUCUGCUUCAGAGGAAAGACAGAUCGAUUCUACUAGGAGAAUAAUGCAAAGUAUUCAAGAUUCCGAACGGAUGGGGGUCGCAACAGCAGAAGAACUUUUAAGACAGGGAGAACAACUGGACAACAUUGAAAGAAAAACAGAUGAAAUUAAUGAAACAAUGACUGUCACACAGAAACACUUAAAUUCCAUUAAAAGUGUAUUUGGUGGAGUUAAAAACUGGUGGACUUCCAAAAAGAAACCAGCUGAGUCCAGUGUUCCAGAGAAAAAGGCUAGUCGUUUACAGGAAACCGUAGAAAAGCACAAGGCUCAGGACUGUCGGGGGUUUUAUGAGGAGGAUAAUGAUUUGGAUGAUGAUUUUAUGAAAGGGGCAAGGACACAGUACCUCAAACCUGUUACUCGCAGUGCUAGAGAGGAACAAGUUAAUGAGAACUUGGGUCAGAUCUCAGAUGGUUUGACAGCAUUAAAAGGUCUGGCACUCGGACUUGGUGAUGAAAUAGAACGUCAGAAUACCCAGUUAGAUCGUAUGGGUCCCAAAGUGGACAAAGCCAAUACCCUCUUGGAGAACCAGAAUAAACAGAUGAGGAACAUUCUCAGAAAGUGACCUUUGACCUCUGUUGAUCAGAAUAUUCGAUACUUGUUAAACACAACCAGUAAUUUCUGUGCCAAUUCAUACCUUAUAUUUUAUAAGGAGACAAAAAGUGCAAUGAAAUGUCCAUCAUACCUUUACUGGUUUGAGCUUUUAAUCAUAAAUAUUGAAAAUAUUUUUUUUUACAGAAUUCAACUGGAGUGUGCUAUUUUUACAUCUGUUUAACUUCACAUUUUCAUGAAAUUCAUAAACCUCAUGUUUCAAAUGUGUCCCAAAUUUACCUAUGUUUAAAGGGAAUUCAGAUAUAUGCUGCAGACUGAAUCUCAAGCAUCAUUUUUUGUUAAGUAACAUAAACAUGUACUGUUUUUACCCAGUGUAGUGUAUUAGAACAUGUUCCUUUUAGCAGAUUGCUGCUUAGUUGCAGUAAUAAAUGGUUUUUAAACAAUUCAACAUUUAGGCUAAUGAGAUAUGUUACAAACAUGCAGAUGUGUAAAAAAAAAAAAUUACACCAAUUGCAGGACACUUUAUUACUGUAUGCUAGUUAUGGACUACAUGUGUUAUUUGUUGUGUUAUUUUACAGUGUGUAGUACUGUUAUAAUUGUCACGUCUGUUUAUGGGUAGGGACACAAAAGGGCACUGUGUCUUUUAAGUUUAUCACUCCCAGUGAGUAUAAAGAUUUUAUAUGAACAGGAAAUCAUUUAUAGCUUAUUUUUACACAAAAGUUUGUAAAAUAACCUGAUAGGAAAAAAGACUAGGAUAUAAAUUUGUGUUCUGACAGUAUUUUACAGAGAAGGUUCAUCUGUAUGUAUAUGUAUUUAUACAUAUAAUAUCUGAAAACUUGCUUGCAUUAUAUAUAAACCAGUUAUCAGCUCUCUCUGUAUAGAUGUAUGAUUACAGCUUUGACCUAUGAAUAUAUCCCACCAUGCACAGAUAGUAAUAUAUGUGCACUACAUAAUGAAAUAGGCUCUGAAUUCGUAAUUUAUUUAAUUAAUUGGAGGGAUUCUUUAAAGGGGAGUGGGCUUUAUUGAAUAACCAAAUGGGAGUAUCUUCAGUAUUUCAUUUUCUUUUAUGUUUUAUUAAUUUAUGUACAAAUCUUAACAUCAUUCCAAAUUAAAUACAUUUGUCAUUAAAUUAUUUACAUUAAA